UCUGUUUUGUCGUAGUCGUCGCCGCUGGGUAAAUACUACUGUUUUAGAACUCGCAGCGACACAGCCCGAGUUACUAACUCAGUUCUCGGAUUCACCCGGACAGAGAAGAAAGUCAAUUUUCUAACUCCAGAAGGAGAAAAGAAAAUAUCUUUAUUUUCCGCGAAAGUUUGGGGAUUCCUUUUCAGCUAUCCUUGCAGCUGCAAUCAUGACCACACUUGUGCAAGGAUUUUCCAAGUCUCUAGCCAUGACUGUGCUAUCGGAGAUUGGUGACAAGACGUUCUUCGCUGCCGCGAUCUUGGCAAUGCGUCAUCCAAGGAGACUUGUGUUGUCAGGAUGCCUGGCAGCUUUAAUUGUGAUGACUAUUCUUUCUGCUGUUGUUGGCUGGGCUGCCCCAAAUCUUAUAUCUAGGAAAUGGACUCAUCACGUAACAACAGUGCUGUUUUUUGGAUUUGGUCUGUGGUCUUUAUGGGAUGGAUUUAUGGAGAGUGGGGACGAUGAAGAAUUAGCUGAAGUUGAAGCAAAACUGGAUGCUGACUGGAAGGACAACACAAAAACAGUCAAGAAGGGAAGUAAGGAUGAUGAUGAGUUGAAAAAGAAGAGCCGGCCAUUUCUCACACAGUUCUUCUCUCCAAUAUUACUAAAGGCAUUUUCCAUCACAUUUUUCGGUGAAUGGGGGGACAAGAGCCAGCUUGCCACGAUUGGUCUGGCUGCUGAUGAGGACCCAUUUGGUGUGGUUCUUGGUGGAAUUGUAGGACAAGCAUUGUGCACCACAGCUGCUGUCCUUGGAGGAAAGAGCUUGGCGUCGCAGAUAUCUGAGAAAAUUGUUGCACUCUCGGGUGGAGUUCUUUUCGUUGUUUUUGGAAUCCAAUCAUUCCUCACCCCUGUUGGGUCUUGAUGACUUACUAAUGUCACAGAUAUCGCAAACUUUACACAUUGAAAUCCAGAACUCGUGAUCUUCCAAGUCAUGGAGAAUGAUAGUGCACAAGAGCUAUUUGAUACUGAUAUUAUCUUUGGAAGUGACAGGGUCUAUCUUCUACUUUGACUCAUUGACUAUUAUUUUUCAA